AUGGCCUUAUAUAUAGUAGAUUAUAUAAAAUUGAUUCAGGGGAAUGAUGACUUACAUAAAACUGAAUUGCAUGAAUUUUAUACUAAAUUUAACCGUGAGUGUUCUCCUGAUUCUGAUGACACUUAUUGCUCAAUAGGCUUUACAUUUGAGAAUACAGACCCAUUAGUUAAGAAGUUUUAUAAUAAAAUAUUUUGGAAUUUAAAAAAUUUAUUAAAUGAAGAUAGUAAAUAUUUUAUUAUUAAUCAUAGUAAAACUGAAAACAAGAAAAGAUGUAUAUAUUUUAUGUACUGGUUUUAUGAUCAAGUAUUAAAAAAUAAAUUUAGAGAAAAAGAUAUUACAACUAUUGUCAGUCACUGGAAUGCGCAAAAAAAUAUUUUCUUGGAUGAUCCUAAUAAUUUCCCAUGCUCGUUUUACAAUAUAAAUUUAAAAGACAUAAAGGAUAUGAAACAUUUAUACGAUUAUCUUAUAUUUUAUGACAAAUAUAAAGAUUUUAGCAUUAUAAAUUAUAAGAUAUUCAACAGUUUACAUUGCAAUUACAUAAGGAGAGCUAUUAAUCUGUAUAACAAUAAAGUUAUAGAAUGUUCAGCUGCAAGAAAAAAGUCAUUAUAUUGUGAGGAAUUCAAUGAAUAUCUUAAAAAAUUUAUUAAUGUACGUUAUUUGCUACCAUUUAGUGGAAGAUGCAAGCAUGAUUAUCUACGUGAAAAAACUCUCAAUACUAAGGGAAAAUUAAUUACGACUGAUCCUUCUCUUGAAAAACUGUUUGAUAUGGUAAAAAUACCCUUUUUUAAAGAUUAUUAUUUAAUAAGGGACAAUAGUUUGAAUAAUAUACAUUUAUACAAUUUUUAUAAAAUGCUAGACACUGAAUAUGAUUAUUAUGACAAUUUUCGUGUUUGUGGGAUUUUAUUAAAAGAGCGUUCUCCUGUUAAAGAACAUAUUUACAAAAAUUGUAAUAAGCUUAAAUCAAUAUUAGAUAAUUGGAGUAAUAUAUUAAAUUCUUUUAAGAAACAUGUAAGUAAGGAGAAAUGCUGUGAAUAUUUGAACUACUGGUUACAUGAUAGAAUAAGUGAUAUUUAUUAUCGCACUGAAAUUAUCAAUUUGUUAUACAAGUCAUGGAAUUUGAUUAAUUAUGAAAAAACUACUUCUAAUGAUAUAUGUUGGCAUAAGAAUUUGAAUGUUAAUGAAAAAACUUUUAAAAAAAAAAAAAAAUUAUAUGACUUUUCAGAAUAUUAUAGUCACAUAAAAAGUAGAAUGCAGGAAGUAGAUAAAUUAAGCAUAACUAAAUAUUGUCAUUACAUAAAAUAUCAUCUCUCCUUAUAUUAUGCCAUGCAAUACGAACAAUAUAUGUCUUCAAAAUUUUCUGUCUAUGAGAAUGAAUUGAGAACUUUUAAUAACAUGAUGAAAAAUGAGGUAUCAUUUUUAAAGGAGAAGUGUAAUGGCAUUAAUCUUGAUUUUCUUUUCAACAAUGAAGAUAAAUGGAAAGACUCACUGUCAUUGCAAGAGAAGGAAUCGACAGUACAAAGGAAUAAUGAUGUAAGUUAUUCUACAGGAAGACACAAUGAAAAAUUUAAAUUAAAAGAAUUACCUUCAGAAGUAGAAUAUAAAAAAUUGAAUAAUUCUAAAAAUAUUGAAAUGUGUUACAAUGAAUGUAUAGAUAUUUUUGAAUUUGAAAUGGAUUAUCCUGGAGUUAGUGAUUUUUGUUAUAAAUUUGUAAGAAAUUUAAGAGAAUUAUAUAAAAAUAACAAUCAUAAUUUUAUUGAAAUUUGUGAUUACUUUACUCAUUGGGUAUUUGAUGAAAUAACGAAAAAGUUUGUUCAUAACUGGAAUAACAUUAGUGACAUACCAUUUUUUUACAAACUUGUUGAAAUAAGUCUUCAUAUUAACAGAGAAUUUAAGAAUAAACAUUGUAAUUAUAUUCAUGAUAGUAAUAUUAGUUUUAUAGAACUUAAGAAAAGAAAAGAAUUACAUGAUUAUUUCAAAAAUUACAGUUCUAUUUUUAGCUAUAUUACUGAAACUAAUGAUGAAGAAAGAAAAACAUAUUGUGACUAUAUUUAUCGUCUAAAUGAAUAUUAUAAAAAUCAAAUAAGAGAAUGUUGCGAAUAUUUUAAUGGAGAAAAUAAUUAUAAAGAAUAUUGUAGCAAUUACUUUAAAUGCGAUCGAAAAUAUGAUCCACAUACUCUCUUAUUGAGGUUGGAUUGUAGAAGUACGGAAACCAAUACAAUAUUAGAAAACACAUUUGCUGGUCAAGAAGUUGAAACAAGUGGUAAAUUAAUAACAGAUAUGCCAAAAUAUACACAUCAGUUGUUGAAUAAGCCUGAAGUCUUUAAUUUUAGAACUACAGAGAAGAAGCAGAAUAUAAUAAUUUUUGAUUCGUUUUAUAUAUCCGUUUUAGCAAUUUUGUCUCUACUUGGCACACUUUUAAUAUGUUUCCUUUUUUAUAAAUUUACUCCUCUUGGAUCCUUUUUAAAUAGAAGUGCAUUAAAGAAAAAAAAUAUAA